AUGGCUCAAGUCUGCAGUCUUUCUGAUAUCAGGUCACUGAAGAAGAUUCGCCUUGUCAACACUAUCUUCGCCCAAGUUGCAGCCCAAUACUUAUAUUUUGACAAGUCUACAGAGGUAGCAUUUCACCCUACGCUACGGUUCCAUGUCCGUACACUUUACUUUGACCGCGACAUCCUCGAUGAAAUUUUUGCGGAGUACGAGACCUGGGAAGCGACUAUCGACACGCGCGAGCUCGCAACUACCGGAGACACACGGGCAAAGAACCCUGAAGAAGCACGAUGGCAGUGCUCGCAGGCGGACCUGGAUCGUUCUCACACCAACUUUUGCCGCCUUCUUGCCUCGCAAAGGGCACUUUUCCAUGGCCGGAUGGACCUCAUAGUACUGUCAGCAGCUCUUCCCAUGUUGCAAAACUUGCGAACAAUAGAGUCGAUUGAGAAAGCAUUUCGAAAUGGAGCUGUAGCCACGCCUUACGAUUCAAUUGCAGGCCAUGAGAAGGAUUGGGUCCCAAUACUGUCGGAUCUGCAGACCGAGACACUCCUGCCAACGCCUUUCAUUGACCUUUCCCUAUCAACACAGCCCGGAACCGCACGACCGCUAGCCCCAUUAAUCUCCGGUCUGGGACUCGCUCGAAGGCAGCUACGGACCAAAGAAUUACGUCGGAUCCCUCGGAGUUUCUGGAAGCAAGAAGGUCCUUCAGGAUUUGAGCAUGGUGUGCGGUCACAUAUUCAUGCCGCUUUCCGGUAUCUAGAGAGCUUAGACGUCCAAUUUGUGGUUGGGUUUUACGACCUUGAAGUCUCUCUACAGGGUCUGAUGCCUCCUUCAGCCAACAAUUUUAUUGGAGCAGCUCCAGGACUUCGACUGCUAGACCUCACAUUUCUGUGUUAUGAGGAGCUUGAUGAUGGGGCAGGUUUUGGUGAUGCAAACUGGGGAACGCUUCCCCGCACGGGACAGGAAAUCAGCAUGAGUUCCGCGCGUCUCGACAACAGAUCAGUUGGAUCUACUUCAUGGGAGGAGACGUUGAAGCAGAUCGCUCCUAUCUUAUUUUUGGAUUGGGUUAAGCUGAGAUGGCUUUGGAGUGACGACAUUGAGGACGUCAUCGGAGCAGGGGACCCUAACGAUGAGGCAUUCAGUUCUCGUCAUGCAGCAUAUUGCCAAAGUCUGACGGAUUUCUUGUGCAACAGAGAGGCCGGGCGGAACGUCCUAGGGUCCUCGACUUCGCGAGACCGACUGGGUGAAUCGCUCAAAAUGGGUGGGGUAGGGAAGCUAGAUAUCCGAGCAAUACAUAGACGAAAUUCCGUGAGACCAGACAGUUAG